GGACGCCGAGCGGCCGGGUGCGGCCCGAGCGAGCCAGGCGGCGACGGACCGGCGCGGCUCCAGCGGGCGCGAUUAUGUCCAGCCAAGUUAUCCAGGAUAGCACAUGAGGAUCAGCAGUUAAACGGCGACUGAUCUGGAUUGCCCCAGAACCUAGAGGAUAUAUAUCCAAAGGAGAAUAUUCACAGCUUACUCCAUGGAUUCCUUUGGGCAACUCAGACCACAAGAUAACCAGUCAGUAGUCAGCAGAAUGCAAAAGAAAUAUUGGAAAACAAAACAGGUCUUUAUCAAAGCAACAGGAAAAAAAGAGGAUGAGCAUGUGGUUGCAUCCGAUGCUGAACUGGAUGCUAAACUUGAGGUUUUUCAUGCCAUUCAAGAAACAUGCACAGAACUUCUGAAGAUAGUGGAGAAAUAUCAGCUGAGACUCAAUGUUAUGUCAGAGGAAGAAAAUGAACUAGGGCUCUUUUUAAAGUUUCAAGCAGAACGUGACACAACCCAAGCUGGCAAAAUGAUGGAUGCCACCGGCAAGGCACUCUGCUCUUCAGCCAAGCAAAGAUUGGCCUUGUGUACUCCUCUCUCUCGACUUAAGCAAGAAGUAGCAACAUUUAGUCAAAGGGCUGUAUCCGACACAUUGAUGACAAUCAAUCGGAUGGAACAGGCACGCACAGAAUACAGAGGAGCUCUGCUGUGGAUGAAAGAUGUAUCCCAGGAACUGGAUCCAGAUACCUUAAAACAAAUGGAGAAGUUCAGAAAAGUACAGAUCCAAGUGAGAAAUAGUAAAGGUUCUUUUGACAAGUUAAAAAUGGAUGUUUGUCAGAAAGUGGAUUUACUUGGAGCUAGUCGCUGCAAUAUGUUAUCUCAUUCCCUCACUACCUACCAGAGAACAUUGCUUGGAUUCUGGGAGAAAACAGCUCGAAUGAUGUCCCAAAUCCAUGAGGCCUGUACUGGCUUUCAUCCGUAUGAUUUUGUAGCUCUCAAGAGAUUACAAGACACUCCAAGCAAGCUUACUGAAGACCACAAAGAAGGACAAAUAGAAGACAAUGUUCUUACUGAAAACCUCAAUAAGGUAGGUUUGUCCGAAGAAGCAAGCUUCAGGAGAGAAUCAGCAGCAGCAAAAGAUGUACCUUCAGAUUCACUGGAAAGAGAAGAUUUUGAGAAGGAAUUCUCAUUUCUGAAUAGCCUUCUAAGCCCUGCUUGUUCCAGCACUAGUGAAUCUACCCAAGAAUGCCAGAGUUCUUGUGGGAGCGCCAGUGCUGGUGUCACGCCCCAGGAGGCUUCUGUGGGGUCCGAGCCUCUUGCUCAUUCCUCUGGAUUCCUCCCCUCACAACUCUUUGACCUUGGCCUUCGUGCUGCUGGAGCUUUCAACAACUGGGCCUCCCAAGAGGAAUCAGAGCACACUGAUAACCUACCAGUGCCUUCACAGAGUCCAAAGAAAUUAACACGAUCCCCCAACAAUGGUAACCAAGACAUGUCAGCCUGGUUCAAUCUAUUUGCAGACCUGGACCCACUUUCAAACCCAGAUGCCAUUGGACACUCAGAUGAUGAACUUCUUAAUGCAUGACUGAUGUUCAUUUCAGGGGUCUUGAGACAUCAAUUUUACAACAUAUUGCCUUUGUGGAAAAGGAGGUUCUAUUGUAACCCACACCUGAAACCAUGAUAUUUGCGACUAUAAUACCUGUCAGCCAGUACCUGUAAUCAGAUGGUAAGGACCACAUAUGAAUAGAUUGCAUAUAUCUUUGGAUUUGUAGAUGCUGAUACUAGGUGAAAAAUUUUUAAAAUAACUGAGUCUGCAAUAUUUAGAUGCCAAAUUUAGGUCUAAAUAAUAGGAAUAAUUCUGUCAAUAAGGAGUUGAGCUUAUUUCUUUGAGAAGCAUUUUAUAUUCAUGACCUUGCCGACUGAGAAUUCUGUAUGUGGUAAGGACAGCAUGUACACUGGGUGUGGUUUGGGGGGUGUUUUUUAGAUAAAACAGGGUCGGGGAGUCUGUUGUGGAAAAUAGCAUUAGCCAGCUUUGUCUUUGGUUGGAAAGAUAGAAUAAGAGGACUCAAUUUGCUUUAAUGAAAUCAGAGAAACUGUACUUGUUCCUCUUCAUGUGGAAGCUAAAAUGUAAUAUAAUGAAGCUGUAAUGUUACCUUUCAUUCACACAGAAAUCAUGGACACCCUUAAUGCCAUUAUUAAACGGGGUAAGUAGCAGCGAUUAAUUUGCACACCUAUCUUCCAUAGAAAUGGGAAAAAUUAUCUUCCCAUUUUAUAAAACACAAUUUGCAACAACAUUCAAGACAUUUUCCAAGUAUUUCCAGGCUAUCACACAUGGUUCAAUGAAAUGCAACAUUCACAUUAUUCCUGAAAUGAGUGGAAAACAUUCCCCAUUUGGAAUUGCCAGGAAAUUUCCGUCUUAAUUCCAGAAGACAAAUGCUAGACACCUCUGUCUUCCAUGGAUUUGUAUGCUUAAUCCCUUAUUUCUUGAUAUGAUUUAGCAUCACACAGAGAAAACCCUAAAUGACUCAUAAGGAGGUGUUUAAUUUUUCCGCUUUUCUAUUUUUGUGGGUGACAUUUGAAACUCUUUGAUUAUUAAGCAAAAGCUGUUACCCUUGCAGGGUUUAAAGCCUAAGUUUUGGAGGGAAGGCUAUUUAACAGAAAUUAGUAAACAGUGAUUAAAAAAAAACAGCUACUAAGUAUAUGUACUAGCCACUCAAUUCCUGUCUAUUUUUUCUAUUUUAGUUGUGAGGCAAUAUUUCAAGUGUUAGUUUGUCAUCUAGUCCAUUGUAAUUCCAUAAGAAAACAGAGUUUUGUUCACAAAAUUUUCAUGUAGUCCUAGUUCAAAACUGGCUUACUUAUUUGUAAUGCCACUGGACUGCAGUACAGUAGGUAAAAUCUGUUGCAGUCUGGCCUAACCACAAUGUUAACUGCCAUGUGCUUUCCAGAAAAUACACCACUAUGGUCAAGUAUGACACAGGAUGAAAAGAUCUUAUUUGAGGGCUGGAAACAUAGGAAAGGUUAUAAAGUCUUCCCUUAAUAUCUUUUACAAUAUUAUUCCUAUUUUUGUUUUUUAUGAGAUGCUGUUUUUUCAGAAACAAUUGUCUUUCUUAUUCAGUGAAGAAAUUUUCCAGUCUGCAAAAUUGUCAUUGUUCUGCCAAGAUUUUUACCUAGAUUAUCAACCACAAUCUAAAUUCUAUGCCUUCAGUGAUUCUAGUGCUCUCAACUUUGUUUUAAAAAAUUCCAAGCUUACAUCUUGGGUUUGUUCCAUUUUUCUUGGCAAUAGGAUUCUUUGAAAUACUUUAGUUCACAGACAUUUGAAUAUUGUCCCUUACAUACAUGUUCAUACUUGUUAUCAGGUAUAAACAAAGAUACUUUAAUGAAUAGUGGGCCUUGUGGGCUACAAGCUUGAAUCCAGACUAUGAAUGGGCAGGAAUAACACCCUCAAUUUCCCAAAUUGAAAUGCACACAAGAUUUUUUUCUUAAUUCAAUUCUUAGUUUCAUCUUUCAACACAAUAUAUGUUAUCAUUUCAACUCCAACAACUGCAUUUUUGACAAGCAUACCAAUAAUUGUUGUUAAAUGAAUAAUUAUUCCUGUUUUCUCAGAAUUAGUAAUUCGAGGUCAAAAAAUAAUUUGAUGGUCAGAAAGAGACCUUUUGCUGUAGUAAACCAACACUGAUUAAUAUAGUGCUUGCCUUCCUGCCUAUAAUCAUGAAGGCAAGCACAGUUCAGCAGGAGCAACAGAUGAGCAAUAACCAGCUGCUACUUAUCUCCAGAGCAUCCAUUAAGAAAUUAAUUAUCCUGAACAAAGAGUAGAAUGAGAAUAUCUCUUUCAAAAUAGAUACCUUUUAUAUUCAAUGGGGGGGGGAGACAUUGAUCUUGUACCUUAUUUUAUACCAGAUAAAAAUGCACUGAUGAUUAGAAAAGCCCCAGCAGAAGGAAUCUGCCUACUCUGUCUAUAACUGCCUCUAGAGGAGAGGCGGAAUACCAGGGCGUAAGAUCAGUGUAGUUUGUUACUUUUUGAAGUCUUUGUUUUGCAACUGUAGAACAUAGCUCUGAUAAAAUUAGAAACAAACUACUUCAAUAAAAUAGGUUUUAGUAUUUGCACAAUGUAAUAAAAGGGUAAUUCAGCUGUGCAUAUUUCAAAUAACUGUAUUUAUAGAUCACCUAGAAAUAUGAGGGCUUAGAGCAUUAAAACAAAAAAAAAGAUUAAAUGUGCUCUAUUUUUCUGAGCCUUAUUUAUAAAUAAAGAUUGCAAGAUGGCAUUAAAUACA